UACAGUAAAAUGCACAAACUAUGUUAUCCACCAACAUAUUUAUCUAAGUUAUUUGUCAUCUUUGCAUGCGAGCAAAAAUGAUGCUAAGAUAACACUAACAGGGAAGAGGAACGAAUGUUUGAGGGAAGGCGAACAGUCGGAAUGAUAUUUGUCAAACACAGGAAGUGUAGUAGAGGUCGCUGCCACACACGUCAACACAUCCAUACAUUGCACGCAUUACUAUUUUAGUUGGUUGAACAGUGCUGUUUAGAAAGCAACGGUGUACACUGGAACAGAUAGCCUCCAAGACAGCGGCAUGAGAUGGAGACAUUGAAGGUCUUUGCUCCUACAAAGUGUUCCAACAAUAUAGUCUGAUUCCACUGGUGAGUGUGCAGAUAGCAGCAACAUGCCCCUGUCAGACUUUCUGGAUGGCCUGAAGGACAACCCAUACUUUGGGGCUGGCUUUGGACUGGUUGGGGUUGGGACGGCGUUGGCCGUGGCCAGGAAAGGUGCCCAGGUGGGAAUGAUCUUCUUCCGCAGGAACUACAUGAUCACUCUGGAAGUCCCCAGCAGGGAUAAGAGCUACCACUGGCUGCUGAGCUGGAUCACCAAACACGCCAAGCACACUCAGCACCUGAGCGUGGAGACCUCCUACCUGGCACAUGAGACACAGUUUGACUUCCACCCAAGCCCUGGGAACCACAUCAUGUGGGCUUUGUAUGUGGAGGACCAGUAA